UCCAGCCCAGCAAUCAACAACUGAGAUUACAAACCUAAAGAAAUCAGGACUCAUUUUGACUGCAAUUCUGACAUGUUGGCGAACCUUAAGAAGAGAGUCCAGGAAGGAGUGUGUGAAGUUCCUCCAACCAUGGAGGUUACACAAUCAUCCGCUAGCCUGGAGGAUACUGGACAGUCUCCACUAGAAGUACCUGAAGAAUCUAUACAUGGAGAACAACCACUAGGAAAUCCAAGAACAGACAUUGGAAGGAUUCUACUGCGCUUACAAGCUGGGCAAGAGUCUCUGCUUUCUGAGGUGGCCCAGUUAAGGACCUCAGUAGACCAAACAAAUGAGCAGCUUCAGGUAGCUGAAUCCCGACUCUCCUCUUUGGAACACAAAGCAUGUGCAAGCCAGCUAACUAACUCAAUCAUGUUGGCAUUACAGUCUGACCCCCAGGCAGUGCCUGCAGCAUCGGCAUCUUCCUUCAGCUCUCAACAAAUGACUUUGGAUGCUGCUCAGACUGCUCCACCAACUUCUCCUUCUGUGUACAGUGGGGACACAUCAAGCGAACCUCCUCUGUCUUCAUCAGAACAGUUCAGAAAUACAUCCAGCACCCAGGGGUACAGUGAAAUUGUGGAGAAGGCCCACCAAAUGCAUGCUGAUGCGUGGUCCCAGGAAAUGAACUUUAAGAGUGAGACAGCUCAUCUAGAGGCUGAGGAGUCUGAUAACCAGGAGGACACCUCCUCCAGAACAUCACCUCUGAUUACACCAGAGUGUGAGACAGAGCCACUGACUUUGACAAGCGCAGAAGAGACAGCUCUACCAGUGAUUACUUCUGUACGGUCCCUGGAGAGAACAUCUGAGAGUGGAGAUGCACCAAUUGAACCUGGCCCUCUGUCAUCAUCAGAACAGUUCAGAACUACAUCCAGCACCAGGGUGUACUGUGAGACUGAGGAGAAGGCCCACCAAAUGUUGCCUGAUGACUGGCUAAAGGAAAUGAUCUCUGAGAGUGAGACAGCUCGUAUAAAGGCUGAGGAAUCUGAUCAGCCGGAGGUCACUUGCUCCGAAGCAUUAUCUCUGAAUGCUCCAGAGUGUGAGACAGAGCCACUGACUUUGACAAGCACAGAAGAGGACCCCCAACCAGUGAUUACUUCUGUAUGGUCCCUGGAGAGAACCUCUGAGAGUGAGACAGCUCUUGCAAGGGCUGAGGACUCUGAUCAGCAGGAGGACACCUCCUCCAGAGCACUGCUUUCCAUUGCCCCAGAGUAUGAGGCAAAUCCACAGCCCUUGAAGAGCACAGAAGAGGCAGCUCUACCGGUGAUGGCUGCUGUAGGGUCCCAAGAGACAAUAGCUGAGAGCAAAACCACUCGUAGAGAGCUUGAGGAAUGUGAUCAGCAGGAGAACAACUUCUCUGGAAGAUCAGCUCAAGCAUAUAUGCCAGAGCCACAGCCUUUGACAAGUACCCUUCUGGAGACCCCACAGGCCACACCACCAGCUGCGAUGGAGAAGAAAGCACCAGGGAGAGAUACACAGAUGUCCAAAAGACAUUCCACCAACAAGAGAUCCAGCAGCACUGCUUUGAAUAGUACCACUACCUCUGCUGGGACUCUCCGUUGCCUUCCCUCGUCAGCCCCUGCAGAUGGGGGGCCUCCCACCAAACGUUGCCGACAGACAUCCAUUGCCUGGAUCUAUUUCACAAAGCAGCCCAAGAACAUUGCUACUUGCAGAGUCUGUGAAGAGGAUGUGCAAACUGGAAAAAUAGGAGCCUGUGGCAAUGUGGGCACUGCACCACUGCUCAGACACCUUGAGCAUAAACACAAGAUCCCAUCCAUUGUCUGGCAGCAUUUCAAAAUGUGGUCCAAGUUCUCUGCUACUUGCAGAUUCUGUAAAGAGAUUGUGGACAUUGGAAAAAUAGAUUGCAGCCGAGUGGGCACUGCAUCACUGCUCUCACACCUAACGCGCAAACAUGGGAUGCCCCAGGAGAAGGUGGCAACAUCUGGGAUGCCCCAGGAGAAGGUGGCAACAUCUGUGGUGACUGGAGCCGGGUCUGAGAUGCAGGAUGCAGAAAGACCUUCCACCACUGAGGGUCCCAGCAGAACCACCUCAGCUGCUUCACCUUCUACCACCCCCUCUCCAGGGACGCUCAGUCACCUUCCCUCAUCAUCCCCCACAGAAGUGAGGCCUCCCACCAAACGUCGACGGACAUCCAUUGCCUGGAAGUAUUUCACAAAGUGGUCCAAGUUCAAGGCUACAUGCACUAUCUGUAAAGAGGAUGUGAAAUUUGGAAAAAGAGUAGGCUGUGGCAAUGUGGACACUGCAGCACUGCACUCACACCUUAGGCGCAAACAUGGGAUCACCCGAGAGAAGGUGGCAACAUCUGUGGUGACUGGAGCCGGGUCUGAGAUGCAGGAUGCAGAAAGACCUUCCACCACUGAGGGUCCCAGCAGAACCACCUCAGCUGCUUCACCUUCUACCACCCCCUCUCCAGUGAAGCUCAGUCGCCUUCUCUCAUCAUCCCCAAAAGAUGUGGGGCCUCCCACCAAACGUUGUCGACAGACAUCCAUUGCCUGGCUGUAUUUCACAGGGCGAUCCAAAUUCAUUGCUACUUGCAGAGUCUGUGAAGAGGAUGUGCAAACUGGAAAAAUAGAAGCCUGUGGCAAUGUGGGCACUGCAGCACUGCUCAGACACCUUGAGCAUAAACACAAGAUCCCAGCCAUUGCCUGGCAGCAUUUCAAAAUGUUUUCCAAGUUCUCUGCUACUUGCAGAUUCUGUAAAGAGAUUGUGAACAUUGGAAAAAUAGGCUGUGGAGACAGAUUUGAAAAAUGA